CUGGCUUCUGACUACUCGUAACGACUGAAAAAAAUGUUACAAUGACAGAAGGGCCCACCAAUUAAAUGUGCCUUCCGAAACACGGAGGAACUCGUCAUGACAAGACGGUUACCCAUCUAUGAUCCGACUGCACCAAGCGUUGCUUAACCUUAUGAUCGAUCAAUCCAGCGGCAUGUUAUUUACUGUCAUGAUUGGCGAAAAAUAUGUAUUUUUUUGAGAUUUACCUGUUUUUAUUGACUAAAUUCAUAAGCUAAAUUCAGGCAUAAUUUAACCUGUUUGCAGCAUACGUCAUACAUUUUUGAUAUUACCAAAACAUACCUACUGAAAGCUUCAGUUUAUGUCCGCGAUUUCAUGAUAUAGGUCGCCUCGCUGUGAUAAUGUUCAGUAUCGGUACUGUAGUACUUGGAAUUAUACUGUCCUUCGUGCCAUGGCUGGAUUAUAUUAUAUUUAGGGAAUUAAAGCUCUGGAACGGCUCUCUAAGUUACAGCUACUGGCAUAAGCCAGGCGUGAUCAGGCUGACCAAGGUGUAUAUCUUCAACGUGACCAACCCUCAGGCGUUCCUGGAGAAUGGGGAGAAACCGAAACUGGUGGAAGUGGGGCCUUUUGUUUAUCGAGAAGACAUGGAGAAGGUGAACAUAAAGUUCCAUGACAAUGACACGGUGACGUACCAACACAACAAGAUAUUACGCUUCGUGCCUGAAAUGUCCGUGGAUAAGAAUCAGAAGCUGGUCGUGCCUAAUAUUCCUUUACUGACAGUGACUUCCUUCUCCCCCAACCUGGCGAGCUGGGUGUUCAACCUGCUGGUGUCGGGGCUGGCCAUCACCUACCGAGAUAGAGCCAAACCCUUCGUGCAUGUUACUGCUGAGGAACUGGUUUUUGGUUACAACGAUCCAUUAGUGACACUGGCUCACUAUUUCUACCCGAAGGGGAAGAGACCCAACAGUCAGAUGGGAUUGCUUCUAGCAAGAAAUGGCACCUUAGACGAGGUAUCGACGAUGUACACGGGUCAGAAUCAGAUGGACAGGUUCGGCUACAUGGACAAGAUCAACGGACUGGACCAUCUACCUCACUGGAAGGACAGGCCUUGCAAUGAUAUACGUGCAUCCGAAGGUUCGUUCUUCCCGCCGCGUUCGCUGACCAAGUCUGACAUUGUCCACGUGUACGACAAGGAUCUCUGCAGGAUUCUGCCGCUGCAGUAUCGGGAGGAUGUCUAUAAAGAUGGCAUAAAAGCAGGGUUAUACACUCCCCCUCCGUCUACCUUCGAGAGUGCUGACGUGAACCCUGACAACAAAUGUUACUAUCCUGGAGAGAAGUGUCCUCCGAGGGGGCUGCAGAAUAUCAGUCCUUGUCAAUACAAUGCUCCUGUAUAUCUUUCGUUCCCCCACUUCUACGAUGCUGACCCAAGUCUGCUGCUGCCAUUCGAAGGUCUGAAGCCUAACAAGAAGAAGCAUGAGACCUACUUCAUGAUACAACCGAAAAUUGGAGUACCCUUAGAAGGCUUCGUGAGAGUGCAGCUGAACCUGAAAGUAGACCGAGCCCCCAACAUACCCAUCAACAAUAUUAACAACUUCCCUGAUACUAUCUUCCCUGUUAUGUGGAUUGAAGAAGGUAUUCACGAGCUGUCAACCCCAAUAUGGCGAUGGAUCUACUUAGCAACCACCGUGGGACCAGUUGCAGCACCGGCCAUAACCUAUUCUAUGAUCCUAACAGGCUUUCUGAUCCUUGCCAUCGUUUUUAUAAAAACCUAUAAAAGCCUCGUAAUCGGCCAACAUGCCAUAGAGAUUGUAGAACUGGGAAGACCGAUUAGACGGAGCUCGACGUUAAUUAUAAGUGGAGCUCACAAAAUAAUGUCUAACAGAGAAUCUUCAUACAUACCGCUGAACCAAUGCGGAGAUAAGGUACAAGAAUUAAGCUACGUACGCACAGAUUGUAGUUUAGAAUUCAAAAAUUGUUUAAAAACAGAUUUUGUUAAGUCUUCUUUUAGUGAUGCGGAAAGGGAAUCUUUGAUACGGGCGGAUAAUAGUUUUAUUUUGUCAGAACAUAGGUUUAAUCAGGAAUAGAGGGUUUUUUUUAGUUUUUAUUUACCGUCCCCUUCGGCUAGACCAGUGGGUGUGCACUUUGCUUUUGUCAAUGUAAAUAAUCUUGAAGAACUUAUUCUGAAUGAAAGAUAAAGAAAAACCAGGUACUAUUGAUGUGGUUACCCGGGUAACUGGGUUGAGGAGGUCAGACAGGCAGUCGCUCCUUGUGGCACACUGGUACUCAGCUGCAUUCGGUUAGACUGGAAACCGACCUCAACAUAGUUGGGAAAAGGCUCUUAGGAUAAGAGGUAUCCUAUACUGGGGAUGGUUAAAUAAUUUAUAUUUACAUACACAAAGUAUGAUUUAUUUAUUAACUAAACGUUAUAAAUAAGAAGUUAUUUUACAGUCCUUUCAUACACAGUAGACUUUAGUCUACAGCUGAAGAAUUUAAGCGAAAUAUUAAAAAAAAAUGUAUUUUGCAAAUAUGGUUAGGUAUGCAAAGGUCUUAGUGAAAAAAUAAAGCUAAGCCACAUUUUACCAUUCGGCUAGAGAAUAAAAAUACCAAUGACUUUACUAUAGUCAGUAUUUGUCGAAGUCUGACAAAUGUAAACUAUUUGACAAAAGCAAAGUGACAACAUAAAAAAAAAUAUUGUAUAUCAGGGUAUUACGUACUUUAUUUUAAAUGCUUUUUGGGGACGGUUAGCCACAAAACAGGGAAAGUACAGUUACCAUAAAUUCAAUGGUGUUUAAAGAAAGCUGUAGAAAAUUUAUUGGACUAUGAAAAGCAAUUUUUUCUUCAUCAGAGCGAUGAUUUUUUUUACUGAAAAUUCGAGUUUGACAGUUACGAGAUAUAAGAGGUCAAAAAUACUAUAUUUUUAUAGGACAAUUGACAAAAAAUCUACUGUCAAAAAGGUAUUGUGUGACCACAGAGUUAGAAAAAUUGUAGAAGUAGCAAUUUUUUUACAUGUUUUUUUUCUAAUUUGAAUUCAUGUGAAAAUACCAUAUUGUUAUUUUAUGGUACUGUACUUUAUUUAAUGUGGUUUUUAGGCUAUAUUUAAUUUUAUAUAGGGUUGUGUCGACGACUGAUUGUAUAGGAUUCCGAUUUUAACGGAAUUCGUCUAGAUUUAAACGGAAUAUUUGCUCACUUUUGUAUUUUUUUCUGUUUAUAAUGAAUAAUAUGUGAAAAAAGUUA